ACGUGCGUUGACAAUUGAUAUUGGACGAGAUCGAACGAUUUCGCAGUUACAACACGUACAAGAACCAAGUAGCGCCUAUGCAGCAACAAAUACGAGCAGCAAGAGAGCAGAUGAGGAGGUGCUUGAAUUGGAUGAUCCUGUGAAAUUGUGCAUGCAGCUCUUUGUUUUCCAGAAUUUCGCGGAUGCAGCUGGUCUCGGACUUCUCAACUGCGCUGGUUCGGUUUGUUUGCGCGUCGCUGGGGAACUGGCGGUCGCGGUCACAGGUGGCCAAGAAGCGCAUCGAUGUCGCAUUACCAACACGCUGGUUGAAGACAUACGGCACAAGGAGUUGUCUGCUGCAGGAAGUUCGAAUGUUAGACUUGGAGUGACGCCAAGGGAUGAUCUACGAGUAGAAGAUGAACACCUCCAGGGCAGUGGCAAACUUGGUCGACGAACACACGCACCAGAGGAAACCACGACUUGCCUUUCAAGUCGAACAGUCUCCAAAGAGGACGGACAGGCAGUGGCGGAGGACGAGAAGCACAGUGUGCGCAAUUUUGUGGAUGAACCAAAAAAGGAAAGUGGCUCGGCCGCUGUAGUGAUGAGGGCUCCUCGCUCAUCCCGUCGACGCUUACAAUCGGCCAACGCAAAUGGUGUUUCGCGGAAGUUUCUAUCCCGGCGUCUGCGCAUUGCUCUCAGUGAUCUCCUCCUCGAGGAACUAUUUGAUGCCCAAGUUUGUGUGAACGGAGACUUAGAAUGGAUGUUAUUCGUUAUAGUCGAAAGCAUCGAAGAGGAGACCAACGGCGGCGCAGUCAUUCUUGGUGGACAGACAACUGCAAGAAGCACGACGCAAGUGGUGGCGCCACCAAGAAAUGGGAAGGGAGAUGCCGCCGCCCAUUUUGGUCCUAGUGCUAGCCCUCCUCAAACCCUUGCGAAUGCUGCUGGUGACAACAGCUUGUUACUCAAUAUGCUCACCGGCUUGGAACGCACCGAGGAGCAGCCGCCGUCUACUGGAGCUCAUGUCGUGACGCACGCACCUCCUGCUCGCAAAGGAGAUGAUGAUCAUGCAGGAAGACAUCAACAAGUCGCAAAUAGCGCUGCUGGACGAGCACCUAGGAUGGUCGGAACGCGGGCACAGCACUCCAGAGUAUGGCGCCUCCCCUGUUUCUCGUUCCAGCCGAGACAACGGGCCUCCAAUCGAAGCAUCGUUACAGGGCGACUGGCGGCCGCGCAAGGCGAUGACGCAGGAAAUAUAUCCGCAAGGGAGACUCCCUCAGCUUCAGGUGGCAACGAUCUUGUGACCGCAUUUAUUCCCGAACCUGCUGCAAGAGCUAAUCAACACGAAACGAGAGUUGAUCAAAAUGUUGCGCGAGGUGGGGCAGAUCAACAGCCAGGACAAGACGUUGCGAACCAAGGUUCCCAGCAUCGAAAACAGAUGGCCCAUGAUCAACUCAACGGAGUACGCGUUUUACGACUUUCGGAGCCUGACUACCAGCACCAAGGAGCCAGCGAAGCGGCCGCUGCGUUCUUACUGCAUCGCGAAGAUACAACAGAAAACAAGGGUGGCAGCAAUCUACCUUUAGUCGAAGGUUCUGAGACUCAAAAAAGUCGCGAGCAACAAGCGGGGCUAGCAGCUAUGACUCGCGCUGUCCCAUUUGGUGCGAACCCUACUCCAGUCAGCGCCGCUGUCGGUAAUAUAGAAACCAAAGUGCCUGCAUUCAAUAAGAACAGAGAUGAGGACCAAAGCGAUCACUUCGUUUCCGGUUCUGGUCGUCUCAUGAAGCACACGCAGAAAAACUCUCUCCGACCGCAGAGCUUACCAGAUGUCCAGUGCCUUGUAGCCGUUGCCUUGGAAAAAGUCAAAACGAAUCCGAUUGCUGAAAAUGACGAGGACGACCCCGCAACUCCGUUUCGCUAUCUUUGCGUAUCUGAUACACGGUUAAGGCAACUUGAUGAGCUGCCCGUUCCUGCGGGAGGUCACUCUACUAUGGGUCACACGUCGAGGUCUGAAGUGGACGAGAUAACAACAAAUGAUCUUGGUCAACUCUCACACCAGGGAGGGAUCGAGAAUGGUCGUUACAAUACAGCUAAUGCUGCAGCAAGUGGUGCAAGCACAGCAUCACGGGGUACAACAGAGGGCACUAGCACUAGAGCAAAUAGACGGAAACUACGGGCGUUAACGAAGAUGCCAACAAUUCAUUGCGUAAUUGGUAGUAGGCAACCACAAACCGAGAACGCGUGUCUCGCUAAUGACUCAGGCACUACCCCUAGGACAUCUAUUAUAGUCUUUUCGUCUCACAUGCUGGAUGUCGGAGUCCAAGAGUGGACGAAGUUUCAAGACUGCGAACGCCAUAUGCUUGACAAGACUUGA